GUUAGGCGUUAAAUCCCUUUUUUUUAACGAAUGUUAUUGUGGGGAAGCGAUUGAGCCAAAGAGAUCUAGCCAUAGCCACGGUGGGUUAUGAGGGGAAAGGGAGAGGGUAAAGGGGAAGAUGUGGAGGAUUAUUUGGCGGUGGGCGGGUUGAGCGCGGGUGGUGAGGAGGCGGGCCGGCGUGCCCCCUGAAUGGCGAUCGGAGCGUGUGGCGCUCGGGCAGCGCCAGCAUCAACAUCAACAUCAACCAGGCGGCCGUCUACAUCGAGCCCGGGCAACACCAACACCAACACCAGGCGGCCGUCCACAGCGAGCCCGGGCAGCACCAACACCAGGCGGCCGUCCACAGCGAGCCCGGGCCGUGUGUAGCGUUAAUACCAGCACCAGCCGACCGACCCCAGCCAGCCCGGGCCCAGCCUCAACAUGUCCGACUGCAGCCGAGUAUCGCAGCUCGAGUGCGAGCUCUACUACUUGAUCGCCCGCUUCCUCCUCGCUGGACCCUGUCAGAAAUCGGCGCGGGUCCUGAUCCAGGAGUUGGAGGAAUAUCAGCUGGUCCCUCGGCGUCUGGACUGGGAAGGGAAGGAGCAUCGGAUGAGCUUUGAGAGCCUGGUAUUAGCCAACAAACAUGUAUCUUCAGAUCACUUGCUGCAAAUCUGUCAACGGAUUGGCCCCCUGUUGGAUAAGGAAAUCCCACCCAGUGUUCCUGGAGUGCAAACCUUACUGGGAGUUGGGCGACAGUCAUUGUUACGGACUAUAAAAGAUUGCAAACAUGUAGUGUGGAAAGGUUCGGCCUUCGCUGCUCUUCAUCGUGGAAGACCACCAGAACCUCCUGUGAGCUACGGAAAAAUGUCCAAAUGCUGGUAA